AGGCAAAGGCGACUUUUUAUUAGCCAUCAAAGAGAUCAGGUGCCAAGUUUCGCAUGUGCCAACGACAAGAACGAGGCAAAACCGAUUCAAGAGCCCCCACAUAUCACAUCGAUAUACUGCAAUAUUAUGGUGCCGACGGAGAAGAAGGUUUAUGAGGAUACAACACAACCGUUGCCUAAACGAACAUGUGGCUACUACAAUCGCAAGGAUAAAAGCGAUUUGGGCGUCGACUUUGUGGCACCCGAUGGCGGAUGGGCGUGGCUGGUGUGCGUUGCCGCCGGCGUAUCCAAUCUUUCACUGUAUCCUUGCCUGCAACAAUUUGGUUUCAUGUUCCGAGAACGUCUCAAUUACCUGGGCAUGAGCAGCUCCCAGGUUACGGCGAUUAUCAACACGAAUCCCGCUGUCUCGGCGUGCACGGGUCUCCUAAAUGGCCCCAUGUUUCGACGCUUCACCUUUCGCCAGGUGGCCAUGGUCGGAGCGCUGCUCUGCUUCACCGGCAUCACGCUGACCGCCUUCUGCGAGACCUUUGCCGGCUACAUCUUCGCCUAUGCGGGACUCUACGGGUUCGGCAUGGGCAUCAGCGUGUCGGCCUCAUCUUUGGCCAUCAACACGUAUUUCCAGCAGAAGCGACGACGUGCCGCAGGCUUCUCGUGGACCAUCACAGGUCUGGGUCCCAUCUUUCUGCCGUAUCUGGUCACCUUUCUGAUAAGUGUCUACGAUGUACAGGGCACGGUGCUGCUCUUUGCCGCCAUCUCAUUGCACGCCUUUGUCAGUGCUCUGAUAUACCAACCUGUGCGAUAUCACACAUCAGGAGUUGCCCCAAAAGGUACAGCAACGACAGAUGCAACGCUGAUGAUGCUGGAGCAGCAACCGGAGGUGUUGUGUCCACAUUGUACACUGCAGCGUAAGCGGGAACCAGGCGGCAUCUUCUCCAGCCAAUAUCUCUGCCAGGACGACGAUGCUCAGCGGCCGGGCUACGAGAUCAUUGAGCCGGGCACACCGAUGUUGUCGCGAGCCAACGAUGGCUGGUAUGGCUCCAAGUUGUCGCUGAGCUCGGGACGUCUACGCUUUCGCACCAUCUCCAGCUCGAAGGAUCUGGAGUUGACGCAGCGCCUGCAUUCGCCGAUUAGCGAGGAUCAGCAGCCAGAGGAAGAGGACUUUCUGCGACCGAAUAACUUUCGACGAGAACGCGAUGAGUCCAACCUUGAGUCGAAGCUAUGCUGCACUUGCUCUGAGCAGCGAGCACUCUAUGCUCGCCUUCAAGCGGAGCCAGAACCAGAAUCGGAGCCCAAUAACAAUGUGGAACAAACUGAUCAAGCUGAUCAAAUGAGUUUCUUCCAGAAGGUGAUCACGUUCUUCGAUCUGGAUUUGCUGCGUGACAUCACGUUUGUGAAUUUGGUCGCCGGCUUAACGAUCAUAAAUUUUGGUGAACUGAAUUUCUCCAUUUUGACGCCCUUCAUUCUCACGGACUUUGGCUUCGACACAUCCCAGAUUACGGUGGCCAUGUCCCUGAUGGCCGGCAUGGACAUCAUUAUGCGUUUCCUUGUGCCAUUUCUCACCGAGAAAAUACCCUGGGACAAUCGAGUGUUCUUUCUGAUCGGCGUCGUGGGCAUCGCCAUCGGACGCACCAUUGUUGCCAGCACAAGAUCGUAUGGCGUCAUUCUUAGUUGCUUUGUGUGGAUCGGUCUCUGCAAGGGAGUGCGCACCAUUUUCUGGCCUCUUAUCAUACCCGGCUAUGUGCCAUUGAACCGUCUUCCUGGCGCCUCUGGCCUCCAGCUGCUCAUCUCAGGGCUGUUCACACUCCUGGGUGGCCCCUUUGUAGGUCUUGUGAGAGAUUGCUACAAUUAUUCGGUGGCGUUGCAUUGUCUGGAUGCCAUGACAUUUAUGGCAGCUGGCGCGUGGGCUCUGGAAGCGCUCUUGCAUCGUCGCAGGCGCAAAAUGGUCAGCUGAUUUUGUGAUCCCUAGAAUUUCAGCUCUAUCAUCUUUUUUUUUGUAGACCUAAGUUACGUAAAAUAAUUAAUAUACACACAUAAUGUACAUAUAGCCAUGAAGUACAAGUACAUAAGCCACGUUCCAUUCACAAGUUUUUUUUUAAGCACUAACGAAGAAUAUAUAUAUACAGGCGG